AUGACAGACAAAGCCAAGCUCGGCGUUUGGCACACCACAUCGCUCCAAACGGCUAAGCAGUCUCACCAGAUCUACUCUACUACCACCAUCGCCGGUCAAAAGCGGGCAUACGACGAUACGUCCCAAAACGGACAACAACCACAACAACAACAACAACAACAACAACAACCCUCACGACCUCCCCCCCAACCACCACUACCCUCCCAUUUCCGCCCCGGCUUCACCAAACCAACAACCCGAACCUUCACCACCAACCCCAACGACCCCCCACCCCUCACCGCCAGCCGCAUCACCGCCAGCCGCAUCACCACCUCUUCCACCCCUUCCACCAACCCCCUCACCACAACUCUUCACCCAACAGAAUACACCCAACGCCACACCCACCCCUCCACCCCCACGCCCAUCCAAGACCCCCUCCUAACCCUCACCCACCCCAUCUACGCCCUCCCCCGCAAACUCACCACCAACCUAGCCAACCUCGGCAUCCGCUCCAUCUACCCCUGGCAGAAACAAUGUCUCCUCCAUGGCCCGGGGUUACUAGCGGGCGAGACGAAUUUGGUGUAUAGUGCGCCGACGGGGGGUGGGAAGUCGCUUGUGGCGGAUAUUUUGAUGUUGAAGAGGGUUUUGGGGAACGGCACAGAAGGGGGAGGGGGUAUGGAAGGGGGGAAAGAAGGGGGGAAGGCGGUGUUGGUUUUGCCGUAUGUGGCUUUGGUGCAGGAGAAGGUGGGGUGGCUGAGGAGGGUUGUUGAGGGGGUUGUGAAGAAUGGGGAUGGGCAGGAUGGAGAUUCUGGGGAGGAUGGGGAGAGUAAUAAAAGGGGGGAACUAGGGCCGUGGGCAGCGAGGGCGGAUCGAGAUGUGGUGAGGGUGGUGGGGUUUUUUGGGGGGAGUAAGGUGCGUGCGACGUGGGCGGAUUUUGAUAUUGCUGUUUGUACUAUUGAGAAGGCAAACUCGCUCAUCAACACGGCCAUUGCGGACUGUUCGAUCUCGCAACUGCGGUCGGUCGUUUUGGACGAGUGCCAUAUGAUUGAUGACGGGCAUCGGGGGUAUCUACUGGAGCUGUUGGCGACCAAGCUGUUGUGUCUUGAGCAGCCGGUUCAGAUUGUGGGCAUGAGUGCCACGCUGAAGAACAUCGACCUCCUCCGGCAAUGGCUCCAAGGCCACUCCUACGAAACCCACUACCGCCCCGUCCCCAUCCAAGAACACCUCGUCUGCGACAACAAGAUCUACGCCGCCCACCAAACCACCAGCCUCUCCACAACCGCCCCCCCACCAUCCUCCCAACUAGCACCAUCGCCCCAAACACCCCCAUCCCCCCUCCGCACGAUCCACCCCUCCCCGCACCCCGAACUCCACGACCCCCUCCGCAACGCCGUCGUAGCCCUCGCCAACGAGACCGUCCGCGCCGGGUACGGCGUGCUAGUGUUUUCGAGCAGCCGGGCCGGGUGUGAGGCCGACGCGCUGUUGAUCAGCCGGGUGCUGCCUGCUUGGGCGGAGCUGGAGGAGGAGACGAGGGAGAGGAGGUUGGAUUUGUUGGGGGAGUUGAGGAGUCUUGUUGCGACGGGGUUGGAUCCGAGAUUGGGGGUGACGGUGCUGGCGGGGGCCGGACUGACGACAGAGGAACGCGAGUUGAUCGCCAAUGCGUACGACCAGGGUGUACUCAAGGUCUGUGUGGCGACGUGCUCGCUGGCUGCGGGCAUCAACUUACCCGCGCGACGGGUGAUUCUCAACGGCGCGCGCAUGGGCCGGGAUUUGGUCGGGCCUGCUAUGCUCCGACAAAUGCGUGGCCGGGCCGGGCGCAAAGGCAAGGACGAGGUGGGCGAGACGUACCUGUGCUGCAAGGCGAGCGACCUGGACGCAGUGAUUGAUCUCAUGGACGCCGACCUGCCGGCGAUAUCAAGUUGUUUGAUCUCUGAAAAGCGGCAGAUCCAGAGAGCCCUGCUAGAAAUCAUCGCCAUCCGCCUAGCCACCAGCCGCGACGCCCUCAACGACUACGUCAACAAAACCAUGCUAGCAUACUCAGCCGACCCAAGCGCAAUACAAGAACACGUCGAGACCAGCCUCGCCGACCUACAAAGGAUGGGCUACAUCACCGUCGACUCGGGGCUUAGCCAGGAAGACGACAACUAUCACACCUUCCAAGCAACCCAGCUUGGCCGGGCCGUCGUGGCCUCAUCGCUAAACCCCGACGAUGGCAUCUUCAUCCACAACGAGCUGCAAAAGGCGCUGCAGGCGUUUGUCAUGGACGGCGAAAUGCACGUCCUGUAUUGUUUCACGCCUCUCGACGUCAGCAACGCGACAAUCAACUGGAAGGUAUUUUGGAACGAGCUGCGGGGGCUAGACGAGAGCGGCUUUCGUGUGGUGGGGUUGCUCGGGUUGAGUAUGGUUACUGUUGAGCGGAUGCUCCACGGCGGCAUCCUCCGCGAAACCACCCCCGAAGACCGCGACACAGCCCGGCGGUACCACCGGUUCUACCUCGCGCUGCAGCUGCGCGACCUCUGCGACGAGACGCCCAUCCACCGCGUCGCACACAAAUAUGACGUGCCACGCGGGGCCGUGCAGACGCUGGCGCAGACGUGUCAGGGGUUUGCGGCGGGGAUGAUUAAGUUUUGUCAGACUAUGGGGUGGGAGGCCAUGGCUGCGGUGCUGGAUCACUUCUCGGACCGUCUCAAGGCUGGAGCGAAAGCGGAUCUGUUGGCGCUUGCGAGGAUCCCGUUUGUCAAGAGUCGGACUGCGCGCAUCUUCUGGGACAACGGCUUCAAAACAGUCGGCGCCGUCGCCAACGCAGGUCCCGACGACCUCCUACCCGUGCUGAUGCAGGCCCAGCCCAACAAGGUGCGACUGGCGGCCCAGGAUGAGGGGAAAUACCGUGAGAAAUUGAGGGCUAAGGCACGGGUCAUAUGUGAGGCUGCUAAUCGGCUUUGGCAAAUCGAGGUGCCGUCCGAGAUAGACGUUGAGUGA